UGGGUUGGGUGGAAGUGGAAAGUUGGAAACUGGCAAGUCAAGAAAAUUAGGACGGUGAUGGCAAUGGUAUAGAGGGAUUGCCAAUCAAAUUUAAUUUAACCCAAGAGUUAGAGUUUGAUAGCUGGAUGUCCCAAAGAACAAUUGGCAAAUUGAGUGUAAACAUGUUUUUUAGUAGGUGCUAAGAUGUACACAUUUAGAAGAGGUUAUCAGUGUUUUUAGUUGCAUUUCUUUACAAUUAUAAAUAAUCUUGAAGACAUUGUUUACAUACGAGUGGCAUGGUGAGUCGCAGCCUUGACAGCUUUAGUAGUCGUGAAAGCUUAAGAUCAACUUACUUACCAGCCCCUAUCACUCACAGAAAAACCUGUAUGUCUGCCGCUGUAAAACGCUACAGAUAUCUGCGCAGACUCUUCAAGUUCGAGCAGAUGGACUUUGAGUUUGCGGCUUGGCAGAUGACGUAUCUUUUUAUAGCACCUCAGAAAGUGUACAGAAAUUUUAACUAUAGGAAAGAAACCAAAUCUCAGUUUGCAAGAGAUGAUCCUGCUUUUUUGGUGUUGUUAAGUUUUUGGCUAUGUGUGGCUUCAAUAGCUUUCACCUUCAUACUAAACUUGAGUGUUUGGGCGUUCUUCAAGUUUUUAGUCUACUUGGUAUUUGUCGAUUGCAUAGGAGUGGGGAUUGUAAUUGCUACUUUAAUGUGGUAUGUCAGCAACCACUACUUCCUGAAGCCAGCUUAUCAGGGUCAAGACGUUGAGUGGGGUUACGCCUUUGACGUCCACCUUAAUGCCUUUUUCCCAUCUCUCAUCAUCGUGCACGUAUUCCAAACGCUGUUUUAUCACGCAUUAAUCAGCCAAGACUGGUUUUUCUCUCGCCUGUUCGGCAACACACUCUGGGUGGUUGCGUUUGGCUACUACGUUUAUAUCACAUUCCUCGGAUAUACGUGUCUGCCAAUCUUACAGAGGACACACGUCCUGUUGUACCCACUAGUUCCGGUUUUGCUGAUGUUCCUGGUGUCGCUCGCAGCCGGGUGGAACAUUACAGAAACAGUCAUGGACUUCUAUCACUACCGGGUCGUGUAGCUUGGUGUUGUGAAAUCAAACACAACUCUAUUGUACAUAAUGUAUUGUUACUUUAUACAAAUAUUUAUACAUGUAUCAUCUGUUAACUUGUAAAUAACAUAACAAUUCGUAAGA